CUGCUUCUUCUUUGACUGGGAUCGACUCAUUCUGUUGCGCUUUCUUUAUCGUCGCCGUCCGAAUCAGUCUCGGCAAGCGUGUGCGUUGUGUUCUCAUUCCUCUGCAUAGUCGAUAUCAUCGUUCAAAUAUCGGCGGCGAAAGCUUAAAGCCUUUUAACGCAACCAGAAAAGGUGGCGAGCUCCGCCUGCAAGUCCAUUGGUGUGGCCUCCAGAGAGAAAUUCGCUUUACAGAUCCGUGGGAGGGCUAAGAGAAUCCUAAUCGUGAUAGGAUUUUAUGAGAUUUCGGUGGAUGAAGGAUUGUAGUUUGUUUGAGGUUGGAUUCAAAGGUGGUUGUGUAUUUGUUUCGGGCUUUUCGAGGCGGGAAGGACGGUGAGAUUCCAUGGAGAGAGGCGAAGUUGCGAAGAGUUGCUGGGUGAGGCGGUUUUAGGACUCGAGGAUGGGGAGAGGAUCGUGCUUCGGUUUCAGUAUAUUGGACUUGAAGCUGAGCCAAUUGAAGCAGCGGUACAGAGCCUGCGGGCUGAAGCCUGAGGUCGUGGAAUUGGACAAUGGAGUCUCUGUGGUGCGGUGCCAGUUGCCGUGGGAGCAGCCCGAGAGCGGCGUGUGGUCUGCGGGCGCCUCCGAGAAGCCCGUGCUGUUGUUUCUUCAUGACUUUGUGGCGGAUGGAAUGAUUAACUGGGAGAAGCAGAUCCGCGCCUUCACGAAGGGUUUCAAUGUUUAUGUUCCGGAUUUAGUGUUUUUUGGUGGAUCGUCGUCGACGAGUGCUGAGAGGUCGGAAGUGCUUCAAGCCAAUUGCAUGGUCAAGAUGCUUCAUGCCCUGGAUGUUUACAAUGAGGUGACGGUGGUUGGAGCUGGGUAUGGCGGCGUGGUUGCGUUCUGGAUGGCGCAUCUUUUCCCAAAGCUUGUCCAGAGAGUCGUUUUUGUUGCCGCAGGGACACACAUGACACCGACGUCGCAGAAAUCAUUGCUUGCAGAGUUUGAUUAUGACCACAUAUCUGAUCUGCUGCUGCCUACGACGGUCAAGGGAUUGAAGAACCUAGCAUCCGUGGCCACUACCAAGCCAGUUUACAGGCUUCUGCAGCCCGUGUGGAAGGAUGUGUUGAGUAGAUUCUUCGAUGAGCAUCGUCACGAGAAGGUCGAAUUGCUGAACAGAAUGGUCUGUGGUGCACGAGGAACAUCUCCACUUCCACAAUUGACGCAGAAGAAGAGUUUGAUAAUUUGGGGUCAAAACGAUCGAAUCACAAGUCUGGAGGCGGCGCUCAAACUGAAAUUGCACAUGGGCAAUUCAACAGACCUGGUGGUGAUGAACAAGUGCGGUCACUUCCCCCAUGUGGAGAAUCCUGAUUCUUUCAAUCGAAUAUUGAGAAACUUCCUGAACAGCUAGAAUAGCUAAGCUCGUCAGAGAUUGCCGAGGCGAAGGUAAACGAGACAAGCUGAAUGUGCACCAAUAUCUACUGCGACGGGUUUGUGCCGGAUGGCCACCAACACUUCCAUUGGGUUACAACAACUUUGCUUUCUUAUACAAAUAUCGACGAUCGCUCUGUAUCCCACAAGAACUGGGCCCGAUGGAAGGCUGUUGAUUCUGUAUUCUAGAUGAGCCUAAUAGUACUGCCGAAGAAGUGUACAUUGAUAAUCUGAUCAUGGAUUACGAAGUCAUCACCGGAUGCAACAAAUGCACUUAAGCAUACAAGAAUGUACAUCAUUCAGGUUCCAUGCAAGAAUGAAUAGUGCACAUUCUCAAGAACACUAGCGUCAGUGACUUAAUCUGGAUUGUUACCGAGUGAGAUGAGACUGGCCGAGUUCUGUUUGUGAAAUGUUUCCACAGACCAGAAUGUUACACAGAAACUGACGAGUGCGGACACAGACAAAUGCUAGAGUUUCAAGGAUGUAAAAACCCAAGUCGGCAGUCUGCGAGUGAAAUUACGGGAGCGAACUGAACUCAAGCUCAGGAAUAGAAAAUACCUACCUCAUCAGCGAGAUACAAGUGGAGUCUUCAUCCUUUCCGGCUGUAGUACUAUUUUUGUAAUCGUCUCAAAAUCAUACAUGUUUGUAAGAUUGUGAAAUUACUUAUGGCAGUUGCAUGAA